AUUCACGAAGAGGCUUCAGACUCUGGGGCCUUCUUGCUUUGCCCCUGAGUAGAUACCUCGAGCGGGCUGCUGCACCCAAGGGGGGCCCUGGGAAUAGUUCUGCCGAAUGUGAUGAAAGUGUCUGUUCUCAGGGAAGGCACAGCCAUGGCUUCCCCACCACCCCGGGAGAUGGAGGAGGAGCUGGUAUCUGCUGGCUCUGAGCCAGGUGACCCUCGGGCCAAACCUCCUGUCAAGCCCAAACCCCGGGCCCUGCCUGCCAAGCCAGCCCUGCCUGCCAAGCCCAGCCUGCUGGUGUCUGUUGGGCCGCGGCCACCCCGGGGUCCUCUGGCUGAGCUGCCUUCUGCCCGGAAGAUGAACAUGCUGGCAGGACCCCAGCCCUAUGGUGGCAGCAGGCGUCCCCUUCCCUUUGCACCAAGACCGCCGGCCGAGACGUCUACUGGAGGAGAAGCCACUCAAGAGGCUGGGAAAGAGGAGGCUGGGAAAGAAGAGAUGCCUCCGUUGACACCCCCGGCUCGAUGUGCUGCCCCAGGGGGUGUGCGGAAGGCCCCCGCCCCCUUCCGUCCAGCCUCUGAGCGCUUUGCAGCCACCACAGUGGAAGAGAUUCUGGCCAAGAUGGAGCAGCCGCGGAAGGAGGUCCCCACCAGCUCUGACCGCCUCUGGGGCUCCCGCCUCACCUUUAACCACGAUGGUAGCUCAAAAUACGGCCCCAGGACCUAUGGUGUGGCUACUGGUCCUGUGGAUGAGGAUGGUGGGACCCUCUCCAGGGAAUGGUCCCAGGAGGGGCCUGCGAAGUCUCCCACAGAGUGCCCUGAAGAGCACAGCCAGACCCCCGAGGAGAGGAACCCCCCUUUGGACCGGGCCUUCAAUGGGGACCUGGCUCAGCCGGCCAGCUCUGAGCCACCUACUGACGUGAGUUACCCUCCGUUAUGACUUGGACUCAUAGUA